AUGGCGGACUACAAUAAGCAGACAGUCGCGCAGCUACGACAGAUACUAAAAGACCGGGGCAUACCGAGUACGGGCCUGACGCGAAAGGCACAAAUUAUCGAGAAACUUGAAGAGGCAGAUGGUGUUCUGGAAACUCCCAAUGCGCCUACUGAACCAACCCCACGGGUUGAGGAGGAAGUAAGCGCGAAGCAAGCCACCCCCGAACCAGAAGUACCUGGACCCGCGCUCGCAAAAGCCGGAGAGCCCGAGGCGCAGCCUGAAUCCGAACCUGGCACUGCACCGGUACCCGUAGCGACGACAGAUUCCCUGCCAGAGACAGUAUCACACAUAGACAGCGACGUUGCACCACCAAACCAGACUCAAGUAAUCGAGCAGCCAGCAGAAGCUGUCACUGAAGCCGAUGAGCCGGGUUCAAUACAGCCAGCAGGGAUCUUCAAUGCCCCCCCUGCGGAUCCAGACAGCGUAGUGGGCCCAACGGUUACUGAGCCUGCGAAUGCGGAGGUUGAGGAUGGAAACGAAGACACUAUUGCAAAAGACGAACUGCUAGAGGCCCCCGGUCCAGCCGCUGAGGCCCUGCGAUUGGUCCAUCAUGACCCCGAAGCACCCAAAGAUUCACAAGACAUUACAAUGGACGAGAGGCCAACUCCGGCUACACUCAAUGAACAGGAAUCAGUGGAGAAGCCGGACAUUGCCACGGGAUCUGAGCAUUCGCCAGACGAGACAUCUAGACUUAACACCGAAGAACUCGAGGCCGAUUCUAAGAAGCGAAAGAGGCGCAGUGAGACACCGGAGAUGAAGGCCCAAGAUAUCAGAGCCAAGAAGCAUCGACCAAGCGAAAACCCUGCGCCUGAGGUACAUCUUAAAGAAGAUGAAGAUGUAGUGAUGGAGCAAAGACCAGUGGAAGAAGACGAUCAUGUGACAGAUGCCAAACAGGACCAAACGAAUGGCUAUCACACUGUAUUACCAGAAGCAAACUCUCCAGUGGCUGACGCUGAUGCAAAGCGCGAAAGAAAAGAAAAGGCUGCUCAAUACAAAGACUUGGUAAAGUCUAGUGAUAACGAAACACCCCAGGAAGCCUUGACUGACGAUCGGCCGACGGUGCCCGCACUCCACCCAGUAACAUCAGCUUUGUACAUUCGUAACUUUAUGCGCCCGUUGCGUCCGGAACCACUACGUGCACAUUUGGUUUCUCUCGCCUCUCCACCUUCUAGCUCGCCUGACUCCACAAUUGUCAAAGCUCUUUUCUUGGAUGCAAUGAAAACGCAUGCUCUUGUCUUGUUCAGUACUAAGACUGCCGCGUCCCGAGUACGAGCGUCAUUGCAUGGUUCGAUCUGGCCACCAGAGGGGAAGAGGAGGGAACUAUGGGUUGACUUCAUUCCUGAAGAAAGCGUCGAGAGCUGGAUCAAAGAAGAGGAGGAUGCAGUGGCUGCCGAAAAGGAAGCUCGUGCCAGUGGAAGGUCUACCAAUCCGAAACGCUUCGAGGUUGUGUAUCCCGAAUCUAGCGAUGGUUCAGUCACAGCAGUGUUCCAGGAAGUCGGUUCCAGCGCCCCCUCUAAUGCACCAAGAGGCCCACGUGGAAGUGAGGAUACACGUCGUCCGUCCGUCCAUCAGCGGCCCUCAGUGCCGACAAAGGAUGCUCGUCAAGAUACCGAGGCCUCGUUCAAGACACUCCACGAACUCUUCGAAUCGACACAGUCAAAACCACAACUAUUCUACAUCCCUGUCUCAGACGAGAUUUCCGAGAUUAGACUGAAGGAACUGGAUGCUGAGACAAGCCGAGACUGGGCGCCAGGCGAGGUCAGAAAAGGAAGAGGCAUUAAGACAGAGAUGAAAUACAAAUACAGCUUCGACGAUGAUGAUCGCAUCGUAGAGGUUGGUGAAGAUCGUGGCCCAUGGAGCGAAGGAUACAGAGGUGGCAGAGGCGGGUUUAGAGGGCGAGGUAGAGGAGGCGGGUUCCGUGGCAGAGGGGGCGACUUAUGGAGGGGAUGA